AACUGAGGUAGGGGUAGUGCUUCUUCAUAAACAAUUGUAGAGUCGAAUAUUUUUCUAAUUUAGUAAGUCGGUUGUUAUUGGUAUAUACAGGGGGUUUGCAAAUGGAGGAGACAAACGAAUCAUAUACCGGUCAGGUUCGCGUUCAGCAAGGAUGGUGGAUGAAAGAUGGAGGCGGUGUGUGGAGGUUCGUGGAGUUAUCGGACAGGCCAGGCAAAUACGUGCGUUUAAGGGAGGGUACUGGCGUGGAGGCAACCAAAACGAAGGUUAUGACGGAGCUCAGCAUUGACACGACGAAGGAGAAGAUUGAGCUGACGUACCAGGUGCCGGAAUGGAUGGAUGUUGAUGGGACGGUGAAGCCAGUUCCGAUUCACAUCGUCAGCGACGAUGAUAUGGACAUGUUCUUGGCGAUCCGUGUGGAUAUCCAUGAGAUGACGCUGCUAGCAGUUCCAAUGCCUCUAAACAUGAGCCUCGAGCUUGACGGCUUCAAACAUGUUCCAGUUGUAACUGACCACAGCUUUGGGGAGGUGAUGAGCAAGGAUGAGGUGGCCAAGGAAAUGGAGCGCAGAGCUGCAAAAGAGGCGAUUGACGGCGUCAUCUGUAGCCAACUACCAAGGAAUGACGGAGGCAGUAGCAGUGCACCCGGAUGGAUAGGGAGUACAUACCUAGAACGAGGGUUCCCAACACUAGCCGCAGCAGCUAGGCACUUCAGGGAUGCUGUAAACGAGCAGACCGUGAAUAGGUCUCCAGUGAGUGUCCUAAACCCAGCUGAAAGUUCAGACGGUGAUGAGGCCAACCUCCGGGUGACGCGGUUGACUAGGGAUCUGUUCAAAGAAUUUGAAAAAGAGGGCGAAGGGGACAGCUCAGAUCAGGCAUAUGGAAGUGGAAACAGGGGUUCUAUACCGGCACCUGAAACGGAGAAUGUCUCGCAACCUGAGGGAGGUGAUGACGCGGUUUCCGAAACCUCAAACCGCCAAUCAGCAAGCAAUCCAACUGAAGGCUUGUUCCGAUAUCUAAACCUCCCAGAUGCAACCUUUGCUAGGGACGCAGCACCAGUAAUCGAUGAUACAGAUCCAGAAGGCGGGGAUAGAACGAGGAUGGUUGUUCUCGAUGGGGACUACGAAGGAGAUGAGCUAUUCAUCGGACGGGUCUUCAAGAACAGAGACGACUGCAGGGUGAAAAUAGCAAUCCAUGCGAUAAAUCGCAGGUUUAGCUACCGCAAUGACAGGACAACCAAUGACGUGGUCAUAGUCCGAUGUGUGUCUGACGCGUGUCGCUGGAGGGUUUACGUGGUCCGCUUGGACGACACAGACUAUUUCCAAAUCCGAACUGCUGAACUAGAACAUACAUGCCCAAUUGAAGCGAGAAACAUGUUCCAAAGGCAAGCAACCACUUCAGUCAUAUCCGAGAUUAUGAGAUCAAGAUACAGUGGGGUUGGGGUUGGCCCAAGCCCCAUUGCACUCCGCCAGGCUUUGCGAGACGAGCACAGUGUGUAUCCCACGGCCUCACAUGGUGCGUGUAUCGUCCAUCUGCAAAGAAACGUAGCGGCCAAGUUUAAGACACGCGUCCUAGCAGCCCUGAUCUCAAAGGCAGCUAGAGCUUUCCGGAAAGCAACAUUCCACGAAUACUUUGCGGAAAUAGAGCGUGUAUCUCCUGAAUGUGCUGAGUACUUGAUGUCAAUUGGAUUGCACCAGUGGACAAGGUCGCACUGCGAUGGCGAUCGGUACAACAUAAUGACCUCCAACGUGGCGGAGUCACUCAAUGCCGUGCUAAAGGAGGCGAGAGAGAUGCCUCUUGUGUCCAUUCUCGAGUACAUCAGAGGAACACUUAUGUCAUGGUUUACAAAGAGGCGGGACAAGGCAAUGCGACAUGAUAGGGCUCUAACGCCUAAAGUGGAGGAGAUUGUCAACAAAAGCUACAUGAGAUCAACAGCGUAUGAAGUGCUAAAAAUUAGCAAGGAUGUCUAUGAAGUGAAAACCCCAACGUGGUUAUCUUAUAUUGUGGACCUCCAAAACAAAUCUUGCACGUGUGAAGAGUUCACGCUGCUCAAAAUACCUUGCAGCCACGCCAUAGCAGCUGCUGGACAAACAGAAAUCAAAGUUGAGGAGCUGGCUGCACCACACUACGGGACGUUCUUCUGGAGCCUAGCCUACAAUGGCAGCAUAUAUCCAGUGCCCGACAUGAGCACUCUCCGAGACAUACCGGAUACAAUUGCGACAAGGACAGUUCACCCACCACUGACCAAAAGGCCACCAGGUAGGCCAAAGCGUUCUAGAUACCUAUCAAGUGGAGAGUGUAAGCUGACGAGGAAGAAGGCGAAACGGAGCUGUACCCGUUGCCGUGGGCCUGGGCAUAACCGGGCGACAUGUAAGAUGCCAAUCUAAAGGUUCGAGAUGGCAAUGUAAGAUAUGUGGAGCUGCAUAUUUUGGAUGUGUAAAGCAGCUAGGCGGAAGUUUGCUUGAUGUUUCGGGGUUUAUGAGUGGGAAGCUUUUGUGUUUUGUUUGUAAGAUAUUGAAGUAGAGACCCACCGUUUAAGUUAAAUAUGUAUGGGUGCGAACAUGCCUUCCACCAAUGUCUUUAAAUUAUGUUGAACUAGUCCUAACCAGGUGUAAUGCGUCGAUCGUUUGAGUCCGCACGCCUUGUAAUGUAAUAUAUUUCUGAAUUCAGU